AUGUUUAGUGGAUAAAUUAAAUAAUAAUAAAUAACAACUAUUGAACAAUCCAAAGAAAGAAUCCUAAAAAUAAAGAAUUAAUAACUAGAAAUUAAGAAUAAAGAGAACUAAUCAAGGCUUAGUUAUUAUAAGAAUAUAUUGGAACAAAUAAUGGACUUUAAAAGAUUUAUUGAUGACUCUUUAGAAAAAAUAUACAAAUAAAUAUAAUAAUAUAUAUAUCCAAUUUAAAAAGAAAAAUAAGAAUUGAAUGAAUGUUAAUUGUAAUUGAAUUACUUUGAAGAUAUAACAUAAUUAUCAGAAUUAUAUUUUUAAGGAGGUCAAUCAAAAUCGGCUAAGUUAGUUCAAGAUAAUAAUUUUAUAGAUGAAAUCACAAGACAAUUUGAGUUACUCUUUAAUAACGCCGAAUAUUUUUAAACUUUAGAUACUUUCAAGAAAACAAAAUAAACAAUCUAGGAUAUAAUGGAAAAUAAUACUCUUGAGUUGCCACCAUUAGUAUCAGCAACAAAUGAAUCAGUAAGAGAAAUAAUUAUUAAUAGAAAACACCACACUUAAAUAGGAUAUGUACCAACCACAAAAAAGAAAUUAUAAUGAUUGAUAUGGACUCUUAAAAUAAAAAAAUUGAGGAUCGGUUUGUUUGCGUUGAUUGCAUAGCUGAGAAUCCAUAAACUAAAUAUUCUACAAUUGAAACUAUUAAUAAAUAAUGGAGAGCUUACAAUUCAGAAUCUGAAAAGAUGUUAUCACAGUAUGAACAAGAAAGCACAAAUAAAAAGAAAGAGUUAUUCAAUUAAAUUACUUAUAUGAGAAAAAGUUACAAUUAAAAACUAAAUGAAAUAUGUGAUAAAUUAAUUGCCGAAUAAUUCUAACCUAUUGAUAGAAGCAAAUAUACCAAAUAUAUAAGGAGAGUUAAAAUUUAAGCUUUAGAAGAUGAAUAAUUGUUUAAAGACUUACAAUAAUUAAUAGAAAAAUAGAAGGUGAUACAAAGUUAAACAAUAACAAGCUUAAAAAAUAAAGAUUCAAUAUUUAAAAAAGAAAUUGAAAAUCAUUUAGAAUCAUUGAAAAAGUACUAUCAAUAGGAUGUACAACAUUCAAUAGACAUUCUCAAAGAAAUAUCAAGUACUAAUUUAUAAAUCUUUAUUAGUUGAAAGAAAUUUAAUAUUAGAGUUAUAGGAAUCCAUUUAAUAAUUUUCAAAUUGCGCUUAAAAAAAGGAAGAAAAUAAACAAGGCUCCAUAGAAAUUAUCAAUGAUAUUUAGGAGCUGAUAGAUUAGGCUAAAAAUUAUUAAUGCUAAUUGAAUCUAUUUGAUUAGACUGUAAUUCUAUAUUAAUAGCAUACUUGUAAAAUAGACUAGAUUAAUUAAAAAAUUUAAAAUUUUACUAAAGACCAUGCAAAUAAAUCAGAAUUAAUGAACCCUUCAUAUGAAAAUUUAUUAAAUAUUUUGAAUGAUUAUACUAACAAUCUAAAUAAUAAGAGUAAAUAAAUGAAGAAAUAUUGUAACAUUGAGAAAUUUGAGUCAGAUUUAAUCAAACUAACUGAUCUGAAUUAAAUUUUAGACGAUGAAAGUAAUUUCAUAUCAAUAAAAUAUAGAAAAAAGCCUCCUGAUGUAAUUAGAUUAAAAAUAAUAAGAACAUCACGACGCAAUUAUAAAAUUAACCGAGAAAAGUACUUGAAAACUUAAUUUUUAGAUUAACAUCAAAUCAAUGAGAUAAAUGCAAAAUUCUAAUAAAAUGAAAAAGAAAAUCUAACUUUAUUAAAUUAAAAAAGCGAAGAAAUAACUAAUCUUAAAAAGUUAAAUGAGGAGGAAAAACUAAACGUUAUCAAGAAUUUAGAAAAUAUAAGUAAAUAGUUAAGUAGAUAUGAAUAGAGAACAGUGAAAUUUUAGAAUUAAAUACAAAAAUAAAUCAAAAGGAAUCAGAACUAUAAAUAAUUAAAAGUCAGUUUGAUCAAGUAGUUUAUAGUUAUAAUUAUUCAUAGAUUUAAUAUCUCAAACCAUUAUUGUUUUCAAAUAUUUAUAAGCAUAAUAGUUGCUAAGUAAGUGAAGGUGGAAAAGUUGUUGAAUGUAAUGGUGGUUAUUAUAGUUGUCUUUGCGAAUAUGCUAUCCCAAAGACUGGAAAAAUAUCAAUUACAUUCUAAAUGCUUAAAAUAGGAUCUUAUGCCUUUGUUGGAAUUGGAUUUAGGGAUUUUAUACAAAAAAAUUCUUAUUCUGGUUAUGGAAAUGGAGGGUAUGAAGUUAAUAUAUAAAAUUAGUUAGUAUCUAAUAAGCAGUGAUAGAUACACUUGUUCUCAUCAUAAUAAAUAAAUAAUACAGUGUCGUCAAAAUUUGGCUUCACUACUAAUGAUAGGAUAAUAAUGGAAGUAAGUGUUGAAUAAAAAUACAUUAAAUGGACUAAAAUAACAGAAGAACAAACAACAGUUGUAAGAAUAAAGUUAUACUCCUUAGUUGGAUUUAGAUACAUCCAUAUCAUAAGAAUUAUAUCCUUGCGUGUGUCUUCAUAGUUCCAAAGUAAAAAUAUUGGAAAUUAAUCUUUUUUGAUUAAGAUUUUGAAAUAAAAUUAAUAAAUUAAAAAUGA